AUGCGGCUACGUGGAGCAGACCGAGCUACAGGACCGAGCUGCAGGACCGAGCUACAGGACCGAGCUGCAGGACCGAGCUACAGGACCGAGCUACAGGACCGAGCUGCAGGACCGAGCUACAGGACCGAGCUACAGGACCGAGCUGCAGGACCGAGCUACAGGACCGAGCUGCAGGACCGAGCUGCAGGACCGAGCUGCAGGACCGAGCUACAGGACCGAGCUGCAGGACCGAGCUACAGGACCGAGCUACAGGACCGAGCUGCAGGACCGCGCACCGCAGAUCAUCGCUGGACAACAUUGGAUCACACAAAGGCGCCCAACGAUCGAGAUGGUGAUGUAGUGUGUCCAACAGAAGGAGCCUCACCUGUGGAGCCACUGACAGAGGGCCUUCUCCAGGCCAGCGCUGUUGUAGCGGUUGGAGAGACCUCAGAAGGCUCCUGCCGCAGGAAUCCCUGGCGCGGGGGGUGUGACCCUCCCAUCGCACCCCCACCCACCAUGGUCAAGUGUGACAUGGGAAGGAGAGGAUGGAAGGGACCCAACUGCAUCGGAUGCAGACAGAAGUGGCAGCUGGGCAUGGCUAGCGCCGUCACUGAACACCGGAGAGAAGAGGCUCAGCAAACCGAGGUCCUGGUCAGCGACGCCUUGGUCCACAGCACCCCAGGCAGCGGUAUCUACGUCUGCGGCGUCCCCGUCAGCGGCGCCCCCGUCAGCGGCGUCCCCGUCAGCGGCGUCCCCGUCAGCGGCGUCCCCGUCAGCGGCGCCCUCAUACACGGCUGGAGGCUGGACCUCGGAAGCUCCAGCCGCUCACGCAUUUGCUAUACAUACUCUGGGGUUGAAAGUGCACGUGUCAUUAAGGUCAACGGAACUCUGGGCAUAGAGUUCUUUGAGGUGCUCUGGAACAGAUGGGGAAUUGAUCAGAGAGUCUGUGGGGUCUUUGGAUGA